AUGCAUCUGUUUGGCGCAGUGAUUUCUCAGGGGAUAAAUGCAGGAGACGUGAGGAAGUUGCAGGAUGCAGGGAUUUACACUUGCAAUGGCCUAAUGAUGCAUACCAAGAAGAAUCUUACAGGAAUCAAAGGUUUAUCUGAAGCAAAAGUUGAUAAGAUCUGUGAGCCAGCAGAAAAACUUCUGGGCUUCAUGACAGGAAAUGAUCUCCUUCUCAAGCGGAAGUCUGUUGUUCGGAUUACAACUGGGAGCCAGGCACUUGAUGAGCUGCUUGGCGGGGGGAUUGAAACACUUUGCAUCACAGAAGCAUUCGGGGAGUUCCGGUCAGGGAAGACCCAGUUGGCUCAUACCCUAUGUGUCUCCACUCAGCUUCCAAUCCACAUGCAUGGGGGGAAUGGAAAGGUUGCCUACAUUGACACUGAGGGAACAUUCCGACCUGAACGCAUUGUGCCAAUUGCUGAGAGAUUUGGGAUGGAUGCCAAUGUUGUUCUCGACAAUAUCAUAUAUGCUCGCGCGUACACAUAUGAGCACCAGUACAACUUGCUCCUGGGCCUUGCUGCCAAAAUGGCUGAAGAACCUAUGUUUUUGUUGUACCCUAGCAAAAUAGAAGGUCAUGUGUAUGCUGCAUCCGCUAAUUGA